AUGGUGGAAGCCGGGGCGCGCGGGGCGCCGCGGCUGUCGCUCUUGCUGCUGCUGCUGCUGCUGCUGCUGCUGCUGCUGCUGCAGGGCGCGGCAGGCGGGCUCGCCGAUAGCGUUGUCUGGGCCGUCAAUGCGGGCGGCGAUGCCCAUGUGGACGUGAAUGGCAUCCACUUCCGCAAGGACCCCUUGGAGGGCCGCGUGGGCCGAGCGUCUGACUACGGCAUGAAGCUGCCGAUCCUGCGCUCCAACGCAGAGGAUCAGAUUCUGUACCAGACUGAGCGCUACAACGAGGAGACCUUUGGCUAUGAAGUUCCCAUCAAAGAGGAAGGUGACUAUGUGCUGGUGCUGAAGUUUGCAGAGGUCUAUUUUGCACAGUCGCAACAGAAGGUGUUUGAUGUUCGCUUGAAUGGCCAUGUGGUGGUGAAGGACUUGGACAUUUUUGACAGAGUUGGACACAGCACAGCUCACGAUGAGAUCAUUCCCAUGAGUAUCAAAAAGGGGAAGCUGAGCGUCCAGGGGGAGGUUUCCACGUUCACAGGGAAGCUCCACAUUGAGUUUGUAAAGGGCUACUAUGACAAUCCCAAAAUCUGUGCCCUGUACAUCCUGCAAGGAACAGUGGAAGAUGUUCCAAAGCUGCAGCCGCACCCGGGUCUGGAGAAAAAAGAGGAGGAUGAUGAUGAAGAUGAAUAUGAUGAUGGCUCCAGCAUUAAAAAACAGGCAAAUAAGAACCGGGUUCAGUCAGGCCCACGCACACCAAACCCCUAUGCCUCAGACAACAGCAGCCUCAUGUUUCCUAUACUGGUGGCCUUUGGUGUCUUCAUCCCUACCCUCUUCUGCCUCUGCCGAUUGUGAGAGCGAGCCCCACAGAGCAUCAGCCAAGGGGC